CAGCAGAACCAUGUUCUCUCUCAGUGUCCUCCUGCUUACCUUGGUGCUUCUGAACUCCAGAUUGCUGAUAUCUGCAGAGACUGUAGUUACAUGUGAUGGGUUUGUCCAGCGUCUCAGUUGUGAUACUGGGGUGAUCAGUGUACAAUCAGCAACCUAUGGCCGCACAAGCAGCCAAAUUUGCAGCAUUGGACGACCACCAUCUGAGACAUCUAAUACUCAGUGUUCAAUAGAUGUCACUGCGGUCUUCAAACGGUGUAAUGGACUGAGAGAGUGUGAGUCUCAAGGACUGGCACUAAAAGAUCCAUGUUUUGGCACCUACAAGUACUACACUACCAACUACAUUUGCAUCCCAGCAGAAACAAGUGUGACUUGUCACGGUGGAUACAGUUAUUUGAAAUGUGAAAAUGGUAAGAUUCAGAUAAAUACUGCAAACUAUGGACGUACAGAUAAAACCACCUGCUCUGAAGGACGUCCAUCCAAACAGCUCCAAAACACCAACUGCUAUUCACCCAAUGCACUGGCUCCUGUGUCCAAAAGCUGCAAUGGCCUGGAAAGUUGUGAGGUGUUUGCGACACAUACAGUCUUUACUGAUCCCUGCUUUGGCAUAUACAAGUACCUCGCAAUCUCUUAUUUUUGCCUCCCACCUGGAGUUCGUUCAAGUUUGGUCUGUGAACAUGAGACAAGUGCUCUGAACUGUGAUGAUGGGACUGUCAUACGCAUUCACAGCGCUAACUACGGCCGAACUGACAGCAGCACAUGCUCUACUGGACGACCUGCUUCUCAGCUUGCCAAAACUGACUGCUACGCCUUAAAUUCACAGACAGUAGUCACUAGUGGAUGUGAAGGGAAAAAGAGCUGCUCCAUAUUGGCCUCCAACAGUGUCUUCUCGGAUCCAUGUGUCGGCACAUUCAAGUACCUGUACAUCUCAUACUCCUGCGUGUCUAAGUAAAAAAACAGCUGAUCUUAUGGAUUUGGCCUCUUCAAUUCUCUAUCAGCCUUUUAAUCUAUUUUCUAUUUCUUAAUUGUUAUUGCAUCUAAUAGUAUAUGACAUUUGCCGUCUUUCCUCUUGUAAAGAUAUGGCAGAAGUAGUAAUGGUAGAAUACUAUGCUAAUCUGAAAGUCUUUGUGUGCGGAUGAAAUCAGUGGCUGAGACUUUUGUGUGAAGUUUUGAUUCUCAUACGAUUAAUAUUUCUAUGGACCUUGCUUAUGUUGUGGGAUUUUUCUUAGAAUAAAUGCUUU